UGUUGACAAAAUGAGUGUUUAUUAGUGUAUAAUACAUCGUGAAUAACCACCACAAUGCCUAUCAAAUGUAACCUCUGUGAUUCUGGAGCUAUUUUGAAGCGACCGAAAACAGGAGAUGCAUUGUGUAAGAGCUGUUUUUACUUUGCCUUUGAAGAAGAGGUGCAUAAAACCAUCACAGAUGCCAAUCUUUUUGUUCGAGGGGAAACGGUAGCCAUUGGAGCCUCAGGCGGAAAAGACUCUACUGUGUUGGCUUACGUCCUUAAAGUCCUUAACCAGAGGUAUGACUAUGGCGUUAACCUGGUGCUUCUGUCUGUGGAUGAGGGGAUCACUGGGUACAGGGACGAUUCCCUAGAGACAGUAAAGAGGAAUCAACAACAAUAUGAUCUGCCUCUGAAGAUUGUGUCAUAUGAAGAGUUGUAUGGAUGGACCAUGGAUGCUAUUGUCAAACAGAUUGGUCUGAAAAAUAACUGUACAUUCUGUGGUGUGUUCAGGCGCCAAGCCUUGGAUAGAGGUGCCCUUCUAAUGAAAGUGGAUAGGAUAGUAACAGGACACAAUGCGGAUGACAUUGCUGAGACUGUGAUAAUGAAUGUACUGAGAGGUGACAUUGGAAGAUUACAGAGGUGUACAGCCAUCACCACGGGCACUGAGGGAGCCCUUCCCAGAAGUAAACCAUUCAAGUAUACAUACGAGAAAGAGAUAGUCAUGUAUGCCUACUUUAAGAAGCUGGAUUAUUUCUCCACAGAGUGUAUAUAUUCACCUAAUGCUUAUAGGGGAUUUGCAAGGGCUUACAUAAAAGACUUGGAAAAGAUCCGACCAAGUGCUAUAAUUGAUAUCGUUCACUCUGGAGAGAGUCUGUCUGUGAAGAAAGCAGUGAAACUACCAGUACAAGGUACCUGUGAAAGGUGUGGCUACAUUUCCAGUAACCCCCUGUGUAAGGCCUGUAUUCUACUGGAGGGACUCAAUAGAGGACUGCCAAGACUUGGAAUUGGCAAAAGUCACAAAGAGAGACGCAAGCUGAAUGAAAUGUUGGCCCAGAAAUCAGAAGCUACUGACGUUGGUACAAAUAUGGACACUUCAAAAGAGACAACUGAUAAUGCAUCAACAACAGAAAGCUUGGGAUCAACAAACACAAAACAAAAAUGUGAAAACUGUUCAUGUGGUAGUGGUUGUUUGUCUGAAAAAGUAGAGAAAGUACAGCUGGACAGAAGGAAAAUUGACCCAGCAAUGAUAGAUUUCUGAUAUAUUGGUACUUAGAUGGAAUGAAAUGCAAUAUACAAUUUUUUUACCAAAUGAAAAACUAAAUGAUUACAGGAAAACACACUUAUAAGGAAUUUUAAUUCCCCGUGGCUUUAAAAUAUAUUGUUAACUUGAGGGAUACAUUGAAUUAUGUUUAUAAAGAAGCAAAAUCAUCCAUCCCUGACACUUUUUUAUAAGCGUGUUUUUCUGUAUUUCUAAUCAUAUAUCUAGCCAAUGAUAUUCAAUAACACUGUGAAUAAAUGUUGGAAAUUAAAUUUAUUAAACACUGCGUUUGGAAGUCUUUCACAGCCAUUUUUUUAAAAAUUUGAUUUUGAUAGAAAAGUAUAAUUAGAAUACACUUAUAUUUUUAAACAAAUUGUUCCCGAAUUUAUACCUUGUUUGUAAAAUCCACUGCAUUACAAUGUAUUUUGAGAGACAUGUACAUGCUAGUGUCAUAUUGCUCUGAAUAAUGAUUAUUUUGGAUUUAAUAUCUGGAUAUUUUUAAAAUAUGAAUAUUUUGCAAUCUUGCAAUAUUAUCUUUUGAGAUUUCUUAAUGUAAAUCAUG